UGGCAACCACAAGUAGCACAUUAAUCACUUUCAGCUGUCGGGAUUCUGUAGCUAGCUGUGUAUAUUUUUACUUGGGUAAGUUUAGAAAGUUUAAAGAUAGGUUGAAUGGACUGAUCACAUGGACUAACUAAUCCCCUCAUGACCCUGCAAGCUGGACAACGGACUGACUGAGCGGAAGUCCACUUUGAAGCCAUUCUGGACACCUUUGCUAUCUGUCUUGCUUCCAUCAUGGGGGAGUGGAGGUCAUCGUCACCUGCACCUCACUUGGACCUAUACAAUUUUGACUCUGCUGAGGCAGAAAAGAGCAGGUAUGUUCUAACCAGUCCCCGCUCCUUGGAGUCCUGUGCACGACUGGGCAUCAAACCAGUUGAGCUUCUUGUGAAAUCCUUGAAUGAUUUACUAUCCGAGCAGCGUGACGUGCCUUUGGAGAUGGUCAGAGUGAUGCAUGAAUCGUAUGAAAAGGAGAGAAGCAAGUUAUUGCAAAUGUGCCGAGAUGAGAGGGAGAGGAUUAUCCAGCAGGCUGCCAGGUGGCCGAGCACUAAGAAAGUCUCAAGGCUGGGGAAGCAACAUGACAGCAAGCUGAAGGAUGAACCCGCUAUGGAUGUUCCAUAUGCAGACCUGUGUUCUAAGGACAAAUCUGUGAGAAAGACACCCUGCUCUGUUGCAGACAGGAGCACCAUCUGCAGCUUAGGAGACCUCAGACAUUCUCCUGCUAUUGAGAUGAAACUGCAGAAGCUCACCGACGACAUCAGAAGGGAGAUGUGUGUCCUGAUAUCACAGCGAGACCGCAAAAUCGCUGCUCUCAUGCUGGUGAAGCACCAGGUGGAGGAGGACCGUCUGAGUAUUAUGCAGCAGGAGGAAGAGGAGCGAGACGAGGCCCGCAGACGAGACGAGGCCCGGCGGGCACAGUCUGAGAAAAAAAGGAGGAAGAAACUGAUGCAAAGCAUGCAACGCUGGCAUGAGGAGCUGGAGGCGCGCAGGAGGCUGAGAUUGCAUCGGGAAGAUGAGAGAGUAGGGCAACUCAAGCAGGAGGUGAUGCUGCAGGAGGAGCGCUGGAGGAGGCUGAAGGAGCAGGUGGAGGCUCAACGUAGAGGGAAGACAGCAGCUGCGCAGAAAGAGGCGGAGGGGAGGAGACGCUACCAGGAGAGGCUGCUGAGAAACUUAGAGGAGGUGGAGAAAAGGCAGCGAGAGAUGGAGAGACAAGCGGCAAUGGAGAGGGAGCAGAACGCAAGCAGGAGUAGGCUCCAUCUUGAGAGGAAGGAUAAGAAGCGUCUGCAGGAGGAGAAUAGCAAGGAACUGCUGCGCCACCUCCUUAUCAAACAGCAUGUGGAGCAACAGGUGGAAGAAGAAGAGUCACGUUUGAGGGAAACACUGGAAAGGAAGAUGCAGCAGUCGUGUGAGAAGCACGCCCGCCACGUGGAGGCCCGACUGGCGGAGCUGCAGGAGCGAGCGGCUCGGGAGGAGAAGCAGACGCAGAAAGCCCGACUCAGGGCCAAGCUGCAGAGCAUCCAGCAGCUCACACACAAACACCACCUGGUCAAGAUGAGUCAGCAACGCAUCCUCAGGGCAGCCGAGCACACAUGGGCCCAGCACAAGAAGCGAGCCCAGCAGACACAUCAGCACAACAAACACAGGCAGCUCCGCCACCAGAGGCUCAGAGAGAACGUGCAGAGAGCAGAGGAGGCGGUGAGGAGCGUCAGGGAGAACAGCAUCGCCAUGAAGGAAUGGAGGUGCGAGAGGCUGCGCAGAGAGCGAGAACACAUCCAGCAGGAGGCGCACAAGCAGGCACUGGCAUCCUUUCAUUUUAGGGAGCGAGUGAGGCAGCAGACACAAAGGCGCUCUUUUGCUCAAAUGGCUCAGGAAGCUCAGCUGGCUGCCUCCAUCAGUCGCUUGAACCUCUGACAACUCAGAGGUCCAUCGAGAUGCUGAGCCAUCAGGUCGACUUCAAUGACCUCUGACCUUACAACUGUUCUUACGGAUCAAAGGACACUUGGCAAACGCUCGACGAAUUAAUGAUUACACUAAUUACAUCCUUGGUGUAUUUGCCUUGCAAAAAAUAGAAAACACCUACUCAUCCGUCACGGCCUGGUGGUGUAAUGCUACAGCUGCUGCCUCCAAAUGAGUGCCCCAAUUUGGCCUUGGGUGGCACUGGACACAAGUACUUUGAUUCAUUCAUUCAUUUUCUUUUCCUCACGAGGGUCGCUGGAGCCUAUCCCAGCUGUCUUCGGGCGAGAGGCGGCGUACACCCUGGACUGGUCGCCAGCCAAUCACAGGGCACAUAUAGACAAACAACCAUUCACACUCACAUUCAUACCUAUGGACAAUUUGGAGUCACCAAUUGACCUAGCAUGUUUUUGGAAUGUGGAAGGAAACCGGAGUACCCGGAGAAAACCCACGCAUGCAAGGGGAAAACAUGCAAACUCCACACAGAGAUGGAAUUGAACCCUGGUCUCCUAGCUGUGAGGUCUGCGCGCUAACCACUAUACCGCCGUGCCGCCCCCUCUAUGAAUAUAUUACAUUGAAAAUUCACUGAAUUGAACACGAACAGUCCCAAACUCUUUCUGCAGCAAUAUUUUGCACUAUGCAAAUAUUAUAUACUGUAUAUACAUGAUUUUAAAACUGUGAUAUUUAAUAUAGUAAGACAUGUGAAGAAAAAAUGUGAUUAAAGGCAACACAUUCUUGUUACGUUCUUUCGGACAAAAGCUGAGUCUGAUAAAACCACCUUAUCAGCUCAACUCCAGUAGAUUUUCAUGUUUUAGUUCCCACUUCAACUAUUUACACAAACAAUCGCAUCAAAUUUCUAAUGAGACCAAACACAGUGGUAUCUCAGAAGCAACUAUAGUUGUUACAUACCAGUGGCCUCUCCCGUCUUCUCUGAUUACCAACAUUUGGGAAGUCCUUACAAUGACAUUCGAGUAGUGCAUUUUGUUGUCUACCAAAUUCAUCAGUGCAGUAUAGUACAACACCCAGUGGAAGGGUCAUGUAAUCCACAACAAUUACUAUCCCUUAGGGAAGGUUUCACUGAGAUCAAGUUAACCAGGGUAAACUGGAUCACAAUGUGCUAUUUCAUUGUGACGCAGGUCAUUCACACCCACUUUGAAUGCCAAGCGACAAGCAAAUGCAAACUAAACACUCAUGUUCAUUGAAUAAACUAAAUGUGCAGCAUGUUCAGGGUGUCUGAGCUAUUACUUAUCUCACUGCAAACAUUUGCACAAUUUUUUUUUUCUACAAGAUGGUGAUGUUAUGGACAGAAUGAUGUCAUGGCAUUGCCCCAAGCACUUACAUAUACUUACUUAGCCAUAUUUAUGAGACAAUAACUGGCAGGGUGCCAAAUAUUUAGGCAGGCUGCCACUGUGCUAGGAAGGAAUAAACACAGUACAUCCACUCAUCCAACAAAUCGUCAUUAAUUAAAUAAAACUUUAUGUAGGUCGCGAGCGGUAACAUUUUCCCUCUUCCCUUUUUUGUAUCACUGUCUGUUGCUAGGAAGAGUCCAUAGAGUUUAUUUGUAACUUUAAAAAAUUAAAUAAAAAAAAUCAACUUAAAAGAAGGCGGCACGGCGGAUUAGUGGU